AUGGGCCUCGCGCCGCCGGCGCCGCAGGUGCUACUGCUCGUUGCAGCAGUGGCUGGCGAGGAGGGAGCUGUGGCCAUCGGCGCUGCUGCGGCAGCGCCUGCGCCCGCAGCGAGCGCCCAGGACGUCUCCAUGGCUCUUUGGGCAGUCGCGGCCGCCGUCUCGUCCCCCUCCCCGCCACAGCUGCGCCUGACCGAUCUUGCGCCCCUUCUGGCGCUGUCCGCGCGGCUGCUGGAUGAUGCUGGGCCGCAGGCGCUGUCCAACACCGCCUGGGCGCUCGGCACGAUCAGCACCGCUGCAACAGUGGAGGCGGACGCGGCGGGGCCGGGCGGCGGGGAGUGGCCGCCGGGCGGGUGGCUGGCGGCCUUUGAGGAGGGUGCUGCGCGCAGUCUCGGCAGCCAGACCGACCUGGGUGUUUACAACCUGCUGUGGGGCCUGGCCAAGCUGCGUCGAUCCCCCAGCCCUACAUUCCUGCACGCGGCCGCCGCAGCCGCAGCGGUGCGCGCGCCGGGCGCGUCCCCGCAGGCCGCAAGCGGCACGCUCUGGGCGCUCGCGUCGCUGCGCGCGGCGCCGGGGCCGGCGUUCUGGGGCGCAUGGCACGCGGCGACGCGGGCGGCGGUGGCGUCGUCGUGGGGCCCGGCCGACCUGGCCAAUGCGCUGUGGGCCCAUGCAGCAAUGGGCACGGCGCCGCCGGGCGACUGGCUGGGCGCCGCCCUUGGCCGCGCGCUGGCUGUCAUGCCGGCGUGCAGGGAGACGGAGCUGGCAACGCUGCUGUGGGCCUGCGCCAAGCUGCGUGCGCAGCCGGCGCGCGCCUGGCUGGACGCAUGGAUGGCGUCCUAUUCGCGCCGCGCCCUGGACGCGCCGAUCGCGCCGACGCUGCCCUGCGCCGCCUACUCGCUCGCUCUGCUGCGCUUCCGCCCGCCGCACGCGUGGGCGGGGCGGCUGGUGGCGGAGGCGGCGCGGCAGAUAGACGGCCGGGCACCAUUUUAG